AUGCCGCUUGAGAAUUUGGCUAAAGUUUUGGGACCUACAGUUGUUGGAACAGCAUCAAAAUUGACACAUUUGCAGCAACAAGCUGGUGGUACUGAUUGUCAUUCUCAUCAUUAUAUGGAAGCAAGCAAACAAGUGGAAAUUUUAUAUGCUCUUCUAACACUUGACAAUAAUUACUGGACAGCUUUUUACAAUUGGCAACCAGGCAAUCAAGUAAUGCUUCAGAACAAUCAAGGUUAUCUUGGAAGUAGUAAUACUCCACAAGGGACUUGCGCUACAAUAAAACGACGUCCGCCAAUUAAUCAACGUUAUGGCGAGUCUGUUAAUGAACCUCAUCGGCAAAUGUAUUGA